AUGAGGUAUCGGGCGGUCUCCCGUUCUGUAUCGGACGCGUUUCUUGUACGCGUACACGUACGCCAACCCGUUGUUCAAGGUCCGUCCGUCGUAUUCACCUUUGCCAAACGUCACGAACUUCAAGCACUCGCCCGACAGCUCUUCCUGGAUCACGUUCCUGCACUUGACAGCGACAACGUCGUAAAUCUCGUCUGGUGCGCACGGGUUUCGCCGUUCGCCGGUUUUGCUAUGACCGCAAACAACGACCCGAACCCUAUGAACGGUUUGCUGCGGUACCGGCGGUAA